AUGACUCUCCUUAGCCUACCGAAUGAGCUUCUGCUAGCCAUAGCAGAGACCCAAGACUGCCAAAAAGACAUAAAUGCAUUUGCAAGGACCAGUCGCCGCUGUUUUACCCUCCUGAACCCCUUCCUCUAUGCCUACAACGUCCGACAGCACCAAGGGAGCGCACUCCAUUGGGCAGCAAGACAGGGACAACUAAGAACAGCCCAAGAAUCCCUCCGACAAGGAACGGAAAUCGAGUUGAGGGACAGGAAAACAAGAAAACUGCCACUGAUACAGUCUGUUCACUGUGGCCAUGCAGAUAUUGUUGCGUUGCUGUUGGCACAUGGAGCCGACCCGCACGCCAAAGGCGAUGGGAGGCCCGACGACCCAAUCAGAUCAGCUGUGCUCCGCAACAAAGCAGCCGUCGCUAGAGUUUUGCUUGAUAACGGCAUCGAUGCGAAUUUGACGGGCUACAGGGGCAGUCUAUUGCAUCUUGCGGCUCGCAACAACCGCGAGGCAGUGGCGAGAGUUCUUAUUGAGAAAGGUGCCAACAUUGAAUCUAUUUAUUGCGGCGAGACUCCAUUGCAAGUGGCGUGUAAGGCUGGCUCCGUGGAAGUGGCUCGGUGUCUAAUAGAAAGCGGUGCCCGUUUGGACACGCGGGGUCGGCAUGGAAGUUCGCUCCUGCAUAUGGCAACCAAUGAAGUCAAGACCGUGAAGUUGUUGGUGGAGAAAGGAGCCGAUAUUGAGGUGAAAGAUGAGCAAGGUGAGACACCACUGCAUCUGGCAUGCUGGAAUGGCCGGGUGGAAACAGCAGCCUUCUUGUUGGAUCAGGGUGCAGAUAUAGAGGCAAGGUCGUUAACUGGGAAAACACCAUUGCUGCGGGGGCUACUCUGGGAGUGCACUGUAUGCAUGCAACUGAAGCCGGCCUCUGUGACCACUCUCUUGCUAGAACGAGGUGCCGAUCCAAGCCGGGGAACUGAUUCCAACAUCACACCAUUACAUUGUGCGACGUCGAAAGCAAGCACAGGGCUUUUCAAGCUAUUGCUACAAUAUGGCGCCGACGUAGAGGCAAAGACUAGGCUGGGUUUGACGCCGCUGCACAACUUAGCGGAGUCUGGCUCCUUAGAGUCUGCAAAGCAUUUGUUGCAGAAAGGCGCUGAUGCACAACCAAGGGACGGAGAAGGCAAUACACCAUUGCACUUGGCAGCGCGGAGAAGCGACGUGGAAUUCGUCGGGUUACUGCUAGAGGCAGGCGCUGACCGGCUGGCCAAGAAUCGCAAGGGUCAAUUGCCUGUACACCUAGCAUCAGAAGGAGCACGGAAAUCAGAAGGAAGACAGAGAAAGGUGAUAGAUCUUCUGGAGCCUCAGUCCGAUCAUCAGCAUUAG